UGAAGCUGCUCCCCAUUCCACCAACUCCACCACGAGUCAGCCGCCGCCUCCUCUUCUCAUCUGAGCGAUUGAGCCGCCGCCGGCGCCGGCGCCCGGCGCCACCACAUUUCUCCCCCACCAGGCAGCCCCUCCGUCCUCGCCUUCUCACCGGCCGCCGACCGUCGCGCCGUCGCUAGUCCCGCCACAUCGCCAAGCAACUCAGCAGCGACCGUCGGUCCAUCCCGGCAUCUCGGCGCUCGGCGGCGCGCGUCUUCUCCACUUUGCCACAACGUCUUCCACUGAGCACUCAAGUCAACGUAGUGGUCCGAGGCACAAGGAAUCUAGCAUGCGAUGGAGCAUAGCGGGUGGGAAAUCCAACUUCUUGUACUGCUCAGCUUCACAUUGCAGUCGUUCCUCUUCUUUGCUGGCAGACUGCGGCGCCGAAGCAGCAACAGCUUUCUCAGGCCCUCUGGGCAGUUUAUUUGGGGGCAGACCUGGUAGCAGUGUAUGCACUGGGCUAUCUCUCUAAGCGCCAGGAUGUCACCAUUGAAACAAACAUACUUACAAGAACCCAACCACUAGCUUUCUUUUGGGCACCAUUCCUCCUCAUCCAUCUUGGUGGGCAGGAUACCAUCACUGCUUUCGCCAUGGAGGACAACAACUUGUGGUUGAGGCAUCUGUUGAAUCUGGUGAUGCAAGUUGCCCUAGCUUUAUAUGUUUUUUGGAAGUCCAUUGGUAAACACAGUGCAGACCUUCUGCUUGCGGGUAGCUUUGUGUUUGUUACUGGAAUUAUCAAGUACGGAGAAAGAACAUGGUCUCUCAAGUGUGGCAGCCUUCAAAGUCUCGAGAGCUCAGAUGCACUGCGUUACAAAAUGGAACUGCCUGAAGGAAUCGCUGGUGAUGUUGGCGUUGUUCGUGCUGCUCUGGAUUCCAUGCCAUUUGUCCUUGAUGUCAUGGCCGAACGCAACUUGCUUGAUCUCGGCCGAGAAUAUAUGAACAAAAUAGAUGACCCUGAGCAAAUGAUACGGAUGGUGAGGCUUCAGCUUGGCAUGAUAUACGACGAUCUCUACACUAAGUCUCUUGUGCUCAGAACACGGAGUGGAGUUAUACUUAGAUGCAUCUCUCAGGCCUCGGUAAUAGUUGCCUUUGUGCUCUUCCAUGCAAGUAGCAGAGACAAUUAUAGCAAAGCUGACAUUGCCAUCACCUAUUCGCUAUUUGUGGGUUGUUUUUUCUUUGAAGUCAGUUCAACGUUUGUUUCCAUGUUGUCACCUUGGACAUGGGCAUGGUUGAAGGUUAGAAGGUGUGAUGCACUCGCCAGUUUGUGGGUUUUCUUUUGCUCUGACAUCGGAUAUCCAAGGACGAUGAAGCAGCAGCGGUGGCCAAAUUUGAUUGGACAGUACAACUUACAUAGCUGGUUGACUGACAGCGGCCCGAAGCAAAGCAUAAUAAUGGUUGUGUUCAGAAAGUUGUUUGUGGAUUUGUUGGGUGUCAAAAAGAAGAAAAUAUUUUGGAUGAGCAAGCUAUUAGACACCGGUUACGUGGAUGUGGGUAGCAAGAUUGUGGAGUGUGUUGCAGAAGAGAUUAGUCUCUUGACAUUUGAUUCCUAUAUUGAUAAACCCAAUGAAUGGCCAAAAAUUGGUUCCUUGUUGAAAGAGGCAUCAGAACUUUUUGCUAAUGAUUUUGGUAUGGCAAUUAUCUGGAUGCAUGCAGUUACUGAGUUGCUUUUGAAAAAAUGUGAAUCUUCCCAUUCAGAUAUAGAGUUUCAUGGUACAAGUGAAUUUGGUUUGAUGAUUUUGGUAUGUCGGAAGCUAUCCAAGUACGUAAUGUACCUUUUCAUUCACCACCCUUCCAUGCUGCCGCUCUCUAUCAGCCCAGCACCUACCCUGGCUCAGGCUCACGAAGUAUAUGAUGAUUUCACCAAGGAUAGUGUUGAGUUGGAGGUAAGCAAGGAAACAGUGGAGGAGGUAGCACGCAUGUGGACGCGGCUACUUGUUUACGCUGCUGGCAAGUCCAAGGCGGCGCUGCAUGUUGCGCUGCUGAGCAGAGGAGGAGAGCUCAUCACAUUCGCAUGGCUAAUCAUGGCCCACUGCGGGUUUGGGGAUACUCGCGUUAGAAGACUUCAACUUACCAAUAUUGAUGCCCACAUAGUGAGAGAAUUAGAUUUUACACCGCGACACCUCUUCAAUCUUCCCAUGGAAGAUCAGAUAUCGGACUCUGCUAAUCGCAGGUCAAAAUUGGAUGAUGAGAACGCGAAUGGGAUGACGACUAAGUCAGAUCGCUUCGUGGUUGGUAGCCGUAGCUUUCCAUGAGGGUCCGUCCAUAUGUGGUUUUCUUAUGUGCUUGUUUAUUCUCAGUAAGGUUCAUCUUGCUUGGUCGUGCUAUUUUCUGCUUAUUGUGUCUGUUUACGUAAUUUUAAAUUGUGGAGUUCAUUCAGCGGACUUUUGUGCUAUUCGCUGAAUUAUGAUGUCACAUUGUGGAAUUUGCGAGAUUAUAAGGAAUUAGAAAAAAUGCACCUCACAUUGUGGAAUUUUAUUAGAAAACAAAUACACUUAUAUAAAUGAACGACUGGAGUAUAAGUACCAAUUAAUUCCCAUGAUUUGGAUUGUAAGAUUCCAUCUAGUUUGAGCUACAAUUAUCAGACUUUAUACUAGCUUGAAUUAGAUCGUGGGCCAGUACUACAUAGGACAGCCUUGGUAUAAGAGGUCAACACAAUACAUCUAGUGGGUUCACUCUAAUGUCCUUAGGAUUUUUUGUGUUUGAAUAAUUCUAGUUUGAGAUAAAGGCUGCACAACAUGUCCUCUCCAUGUGCGAGCAAGGCAUGGAUACCCAAGAUAUUAGCUGUGCUAAACUAACACUCUGUACAACCUUGUGAAAUCUGAAUAUACGAGUGCAUGAAGAUUUAUCUGUCAGUUUUAUCUUAUCGCUAUGGUCCACUUUGUUGUCCUCUUGCAGUUGAUUGUUCUGCACAGACAAAUCCAUGUUUUGGGAUGUUCCAGGGCUCCUUGUUAGAAUAUUUCCAUGUCUAGUUCAUCAUUUCUUCCAUUUUGGGUUUAACGAAAUGGCGUUCCUUAAUAUGAUGAUGAGAACUACGACAAGAUUGCGCUACCGAGAUUCGUUGGUCACUCCAAGUUGUGUAUGAACUUGUUUGUUUAUGAUAACUUAAAUAGAUAAUGGUGUGGGUAUAGGCAUAUGACUUCAUACCUAUCAUUAACGAUGACACAUUUUCUCUCAUGUCAUUGCGGUGUUUGGCCAUUAGUCCUUCAGAAAAAAAUGGGCUAUUAUUCUAUUUGUUUCUUUUCACUAUUGACAUGUGGCUUACAUUACUAAAUAGAUUAAGAGGUUUAAGUGUAAUAAGGAUGAGGACUCCAUUGUGUAUGAUGUUUUCUUAUUAUCAUUUAUCUGCACUCACAAACCAUGUUAGAACACAAGGUGUCGUUGUUGAUCCCAGUUGCUAUUUUAUGUUCAUCUGUUGUGACUCGACGACAUGAAGUGAAGAAUGAAAACCCCCACCUCUGGUUAUUUAUAAUCUUGCAGUCUCUCUUUAAUCUUUUGAACGACCUGCCUUUUUCCUGCAGAGUUUCUAUGGAGCUCUCCUGGUAUUCUGCAUUUGUUGCUCGAUCAGUCAAUGAUGCUCUUCAUGAAGCACACACUAUAUACUUAUGCAAACAUUGUAUUUUUCUUGCUUUGGAAGUGUGAAAUUUUUUUAGAAUGCUUGUGUGUGAUUGUUGGACUGAUUGUUUUGUUGUUGUUGCAGUGGAUUCUCAUUUAGAAAGUUGACGUGUAUGACGUGCUUGGAUGCAUAUUGUUCUUUCCAUAUUGUCCUAUUGGAAGCAUAAGAGCAUGUUUGGGUUGGAGGAGAUAUAGAUUCAAAUCCAGGUUUCGCUUAUGCGACCUACCUCAUCCAACUACUAAGAGCAAAUUCUGUACCAAUUUUCCAUAUUUGCGGUCUUGCGGAGAAUGGAUGGCUAGAUAAGAUGGCCCGGGGGCACCUGCUCUAAAACAUGUUUCCGAAUAAAAAGAGCCCACUUAGUUUCAGCUGCAGUUGUACUACUUGAUACUAGCUUGAAUCUGAUUGAGGUCGUCACUGGCCAAGUGUAGAUGAUGUUGAUAGUCUAUUCCGAUUUCAAUGUACCAACACUACAUACUACAACUGGUGGUGUGUAUGGGUCGAUAAGGAUGCCCAUAUGUUCCCCCGAUGCGUGCAGGGCCGUUGGGAUUGCCGCGGAGAGCGAUGAGGAGAAGAGCAGGCACUUCGCUUCAAGGCUCUGAUCAGGACACAGAUUGGAGGUCAGUCUCCCUCUAGAGCUUUGCAUUCCUAGUCUCUGAUGUGUCCCUCCGAACAGGUGUUUAAUUAACACUUGCUGAAUAAGGGGAAUUGUUGUUCUCCUUACAGUACAAUUUGGUGACAAAACGUUGCAGUAUGGUUCCUACUGGAUUGUCAGAUUGUGCUAACAUUCCCAUAGUACUUUGGAUGAUAUUGCUAA